GGAAGUUUAUUUAUGAGUGCGGAUAGAAUUGUGAGUUAAUAAGCGAAAGAAGAAAAGGAAAUUUAUUAAUAAAAGAGAAAAGUGGUACGACAAAACGAGAAAAGAAAAAAAAAAAGAGAAAAACAAGAAGUAAAACAAAAGCAAUUGUUUGUGGUUUUUUUUUUUUUUGUAAAUUUGAAAUUAUUGUGAAUAUUUCUUGUGUUGUGAUGCAAAGUGAACAAUAUUUCUUGUAAAAGAAGCGGGCGGCGCGGACCGGUGACUGUUUCAAUUAAAAAUAUGAAAAUCUAUUAAAAAAAAAAGAGUAAAAUAAGAAAUUAAAUUUUAUAUUUAAUAUUUUUGUUUUUGUAUUAAAAGAAUAAAAUAAAAAUAAAGAAUUAUAUUUAAAUAUUAAAAAAAAGUGAAAGAGAUAAUAAAAAUAAAACAAAGCAUUUAUUUUAAUUAAUUUUUUUGUAAGAAUACAAAAAAAAAAUAUAUUUUUUAUAGGCCAGAUUUUUUCUUAAAAAGAAAAGCAACAAAAAUUUAAAAUAAUGGAUCCAAUAAGUAUUGGAUCAAGUGCUUUGAGUCUUCAGCAAAGAGAAGAAAUUGAACAAAAUCAAGAUGAUGCAUUUCGUGAAGUAAUAGCUAGCUGCCGUUCAUUAUCAAAUUAUCAAGAGCCAACAAGUAUAAAAACUGCUAUACCACAGGCAAUAGCAGCAUUUAUAGCAGCAUCAUUUCAUAUUGUUAUUGGUAUUUCAUUAGCAUAUUCAGCAAUAUUAAUUCCACAAACAGAAAAUACAACAGAAGCUAUAAUUAGAGGUGAUCUAGUAUUAAGUAAAUCACAAGGUGAUAUUAUAGCAUCAAUAAUUGUUAUUGCUGUACCAAUAGGAUGCUUAUUUGCUGGUGCAUUAAUGGAAUGGAUCGGUAGAUUAAAUACAAUUAAAUUGGCAGCAAUACCAUGUACAUUAGGUUGGAUAUCAAUAGCGAUUGCACCAAAUUUUAUAACAUUAUUAUUGGGUAGAAUAUUAACUGGUUUAGGAUGUGCAAUUGGCACAAGUCCAGCAAUUGUUUAUAUAACUGAAGUAGCAAGACCAGAUCUUCGUGGUUCAUUGAUCUCAACAGCUCCAACAAUUGCAUCUUUUGGAAUGAUAAUUGCAUAUUUAAAAGGUGCUUAUAUGAAUUGGCGUUUAGUAGCAUGGUUAAAUAUAAUUUAUACAAUUGUACCAGUAAUAUUUGUUCAAUUAUUUGUACCUGAAUCACCAGUAUGGUUAGUAUCUAAAGGUCGUAUGGAAGAUGCUGGUAUAUCAUUAGCAUAUUUAUAUAAGGGUUAUCCAAAACCAGAAAGUUCAAGUCAAAGUUUAGUUGAUAUGCAUUUGAGUGCAUUACAAAGAGAACGUGAAAGUAAAAUUGUACAAAAAAUUAAAGAGCAUGCAAAAACUGAUACAAAUGGUAAAAUAAAAUGGAAUUGGAAACAAUCCAAAAUGGCACAUUUUUUAAAACCAACUGGUUAUAAACCAAUAAUUAUUUUAUUUUGGUUAUUUUUAAUUCAACAAUUUAGUGGAAUUUAUAUAACAUUAUUUUUUGCUGUAACAUUCUUCCAGCAAGUAAAUUCUGAAAUAAAUGCCUAUACAGCAUCAAUAUUUGUUGGUGUAACACGUUUUGUGAUGUCACUUGGUAAUGCAUGGCUGUUAAAACGUUUUAAAAGACGUAAAUUAAUAAUGACAUCAUCAUUGGGUAUGGCUGGCUGUAUGUUUAUAUCUGGUUGUUUUACAUUAUGGUUAAAAAAGAAAGAAACUGAUUUAUAUUGGGUACCAGUUCUUUGUUUUAUGUUAUAUGUAUGCUCAUCAAUGAUCGGUUUGUUAAGUAUACCAUGGACAAUGACAGCUGAAUUAUUUCCAACUGAAAUUCGUGGUAUUGGACAUUCAUUAUCAUAUUCAAUGGCUAAUAUAUUAAUGUUUAUUGCAAUACAAAGUUAUCGAACAAUAUCAGAAUUUUUAGGUGGUGCUUAUGCUGUACAAUGGAUGUUUGCAUGUGUAUCAGUUAUUGGAUUUUUCUUUGCAUUAAUAUUUAUGCCAGAAACGCAUGGUAAAAAAUUAUCAGAAAUUGAAGAAUAUUUUCGUAAUGGUGGUAGUUAUAAUAAAAAUAAGAAAACAAUUGAACAAGUUAAAAUACAUCGGGUUGAUUCAAAAAAGAAUUUUGUUAAAAAUCGUCGUCCAACAAUAACAUUAGAAACAGUUAAAGAAGCUGAAAAAAUGAUUAAAGAUGUUGAAGAUGAUAAUAUUAAAAUAAAUAAUGUAGAUGAAACAAAUAAUAAAAAUAAAUUAAUGGUUUAAAAAAUAUAAUAUUGUAAUUGGAAUGUAAAAAUAUUCAAUAAGAAAAUUAUUAUUUAUAAUUCAUAAUUGUAAUGAUUGUAAAAUAUUGUAAUUACAAAAUGUAUAUGGAAAUAUUGAUUUUCAAAAUGCAAUAAUAUGGUAUUAAUACAUAAUUCAGCAAUUCAUACUUAUAAGCUGAAUUGUGUAUUAAUACCGUGUUACUGGAUUGUGCAAGAAUUUUGUACUUACGCUAUGAAUGUUAUUACUAUUUAGUAUUUAUUUUUGUCUCAAAAUAUUAAAAAUUAUUUAAAUAACAUUCGAAAUUUUUAAGUUAUUAAUUAAGAAUUUAGUUAAUUAUAUUAAAAUUCAAUUAUUCAAUUAAAAUUAUAAUUAUAGAAUAAAAUAAAAUUUUGAAUAAAAUGUAGAAUAAUGUUUGAUGCCAAGUCGAUUUUGCAUUAU